AUGGUGUCUUUCACCGCCCCGACAGCCUGGAAAGAGAUAUAUGGAUAUCCUGGUGUCAAGAAAUUCCAGAAAUUUGGCUAUCGCCAGAUCCGCCCUGGAGUGCCAGAUCUCCUAACAGCUAAUGGCGCGGACCACGCCCGGCAGCGGGCAGCGCUCAACCGGGCUUUCUCCGACAAGGCAUUGAGAGAACAGGAGCACUAUUUCCAGGACCACAUCGAUCUCUUCCUCUCGAGACUGGAUGAGAAGUGUGACCAAACACAGAGUAUAAACAUUGCCCAAUGGAUCGAGUUUCUCGCCUUUGACAUCAUCGGGACCUUGGCAUUCAGCAGCUCCUUCCACUGUCUCGAGGACAGCGGAUAUCACCCGUGGGUCCUGCUACUCCUGAAUUUCUUCCGAUCGACACAUUGGGUCCUUGCAGCAAGAAUGUGCGGUAUAUUUUACCCGAUCAUCCUCGCGCUUGGGCCUUUCAAGGAUCUUCUUAAAGGAGAGGAACAUUUGAGAUUAAGCUAUGAAAAGGUCCAGCAACGCAUCACAAUGCCCGAAGAUGACAAUCGGAACGACUUUUGGACCUACAUCUCACGCCAGAACGAGCAAAGGGAAGGCUCCAUGUCUGUUAUGGAGAUGGAGGUCAACGCAGCUCUCCUGAUACCAGCUGGCAGUGACACAAUCACCACUGCCCUGUCGGGCUGUUUGUAUCUGCUACUGAAGCACCCAGACACGUUAGCACGCUUGCGCAAGGAGCUGGAGGCCGAAUUCACUAGCGAAUCUGACAUCACUCUAAUCCGCGUGUCAAGCCUCCCUUACAUACGCGCCGUGCUCGAUGAGGCCCUUCGCAUGUACCCGCCGAUCUCGGGGGAACUCCGACGCCAAGUACCUCGUGGAGGUGCCGUUGUCUCGGGCCAAUUCAUCACCGGCGGCACCAUCAUCAGCGUUUAUGCCAAAGCAGCCUGCGACAAUCCUACCAACUUCGCUCAGCCCCAGAGAUUCACACCAGAACGGUGGCUGAAGACGGACGAGAGACCUGAUUGGGCGAAGAAUGAUCAUCUCGACGCGUCUCAGCCCUUCUCGGUGGGGCCUCGCAACUGCAUUGGCAUGAAUUUUGCUUAUGCUGAAAUGAAGCUCAUCCUCGCACGACUGCUAUUCCGGUUUGACUUGGAGCUGCUAGACGACAGGUUCAAUAUCGAGAAUCAGAAGGUCUAUCUCAUGUGGCAGAAGCCGCCAUUCCCUGAAAGCCUACCGGCGGAUUCGAAACCCUCCGGUCAGGAGCUGACCAGGGCGUGCACGAGUCAUGCCAACGCCGAUCCGCUUCGUGAGCGCCACGAAAGCGACAUUCAGUUGCUCCUAAACAUGAUUACCCUAGUUGGAAAGGCGGUCAGGCAGAAUGGCCUUGGCCUCAUGCGAAUGACUUCGCCUGGCGCAGUUUUGCCAGAUGAGGAAGCAUUUGCAGUCCUCAAAACGGCGCUUGAGGCAGGCGUCUAUCUUUGGAACGGUGCAGAUUUCUAUGGUACACCCGAUAACAAUUCCCUGCAUCUCAUCGCGCGAUACUUUAAGAGAUACCCCGAAGAUGCUUCUAAGGUAGUUGUAUGUAUCAAGAGCGGUAUUGUCGACAUGAAGGCCCUCACCAUCGAUGGGUCUCCUCAAACAGUACGCCGACUAGUCGCCAACGGAAACAAGAUUCUAGCCGGACACAAAAAGAUAGACGUCUUCGGCAUCGCACGCAUCGACCCUAAAACCCCGAUCGAGGAUACUGUAAAGGCGUUGGCGGAACUCGUGGCUGCUGGAGAAAUCGGUGGCAUCCAGCUCAGCGAGGUGGGCUCGGCCACGAUCCGCCGCGCCGCUGCCGUGGCUAGAAUCGAUAUGGUAGAGGAGGAAGCGAGUCUCUGGUCACCUGAGAUCUUUCACAACGGCGUGGCAGCCACAUGCGCUGAAUUAGGGAUCCCCAUCGUGGCGCAUACACCCCUUGGUGCAGGCAUGCUCACAGGCCAGAUCAAGAGUCUCGCCGACUUGCCACCCGGUCACUACCCUCGCGUUUUCCCCCGCUUCCAGCCAGGGAACUUUGAGAAAAAUCUGGCGCUGGUUCACGAAGUAGAAAAGUUAGCUGUGGCCAAGGGUAUAAGCCCCGCUCAGCUCGCCCUUUCAUGGUUGAAAUCGCAGAGCAAGAAAUCGGGUGUCGCUGUGGUUAUUCCUGUGGCGGGAGCAAGAUCUCCGGAGAGGGUGAAAGAGAAUGCCGAGACAGUAGAGCUAUCUGAGGAGGAAUUGCAGACCGUCGAAGCCAUCUUGGCUCGCGUCCCGAUCCAUGGGACCAGGUAUCCUGAGCCGGGAAUGAAGCUUGUUGAAUUCUAG